GGGCGGAGGGGCGGCACUUCCGGGAGCGCGGCGGGCGCGCGGCGUGAGGAACCGGGAGAGGCCCGGGAGGCACCGGGAGGAACCGGGAGGGGCCCGGAGGGGCCGAGCCGCCCCCGGCACGUCCCGCAGCGCGUCGGGACCGCUCCGAGGCGGCUCCCGGCGCCGAUCCCGGUGUCGUUCCCGUUCCCGAGGCCGUUCCCGGUUCUCGGCCCCGGUGCGGCCGCCAUGGGCCGCCGCAAGUCGAAGCGGAAGCCGCCGCCCAAGAAGAAGAUGACGGGGACGCUGGAGACGCAGUUCACGUGUCCCUUCUGCAACCACGAGAAAUCCUGCGACGUCAAGAUGGACCGCGCCCGGAACACCGGGGUGAUCUCGUGCACCGUGUGCCUGGAGGAGUUCCAGACCCCCAUCACCUACCUGUCGGAGCCCGUGGACGUUUACAGCGACUGGAUCGACGCCUGCGAAGCCGCCAACCAGUGACAGCGGGAGGGGACUGUCCCCAGAGCGGGGGGUGACACUGUCCCCAACCUGGGGGGUGACACUGUCCUGUCCCCAAACCCCGGGGGGUGACACUGUCCCCAACCUGGGGGGUGACACUGUCCUGUCCCCAAACCCCGGGGGGUGACACUGUCCCCAACCUGGGGGGUGACACUGUCCCCAGAACGGGGGGUGACACUGUCCUGUCCCCAAACCCCGGGGGGUGACACUGUCCCCAGAGCGGGGGGUGACACUGUCCCCAGCCUGGGGGGUGACACUGUCCCCAAACCCCGGGGGGUGACACUGUCCCCAGCCUGGGGGGUGACACUGUCCUUUCCCCAGCCUGGGGGGUGACACUGCCCUGUCCCCAAAGCCUGGGGGGGGACAAUGGCCCCCAGGACACGGUGACACCCCCUAGGACACACUGACACCCCCAGGAUCCGGUGACACCGCCCGGGACAUGGUGACACCCCCUAGGACACAGUGACACCCCCCAGGACACAGUGACACCCCUCAAGAUCUGGUGACACACCCAGGAUCCAGUGACACCCCCCAGGACCCAAAUGGGGGUGACAUUUUUCCCCCAGGGCUGAAUUUGGGGUGACAUUUUCCCCCCCAGGACUGAAUUUGGGGUGACAUUUUCCCCCCCAGGGCUGAAUUUGGGGUGACAUUUCCCCACCCCCCAGGGCUGGAUUUGGGGUGACAUUUUUCCCCCCAGGACUGAAUUUGGGGUGACAUUUCCCCACCCCCCUGGGCUGAAUUUGGGGUGACAUUUUUCCCCCAGGGCUGAAUUUGGGGUGACAUUUUCCCCCCCAGGACUGAAUUUGGGGUGACAUUUCCCCACCCCCCAGGGCCUGAGCCUUGUCCUUGUCCCCAGGGGGGCGCGGGGGACGCGUUUUUGGGGGGGGUGCCCCAAAUAAACGCCCUGUGCUGGUGUCC